GUAAAUGGACGGAGGAGGAGGAGCGGCGGCUCGCUGAGGUCGUGUACGAGAUGUCGGGCGUGAAGCCGGGCUUGGCGGUGACGGGAGGCGUUUCCUGGGCAACGGUGGCCGAUCUUGUGCGAACGAGGUCCGAAAAACAGUGUCGGUCGAAGUGGUUAAACUACCUGAACUGGAAACACAGCGGCGGGACGGAGUGGAUGAAGGAGGACGACGUCAACCUCAUACGCAGGAUAUUGGAGCUGCAGGUGGAGGAGGAGAACGAGAUCAAGUGGGAGGAUCUGGCCGGCGGCUGGAGCAGCGUUCGGUCGCCUCAGUGGCUUCGAUCCAAGUGGUGGAGCAUCAAGAGACAAGUGUCCAACCACAAGGAGAUCCCCUUCAACGUCCUCCUAAAGGGUCUACGGGAGCUCAUCGCUUCUUCACAAUCUGGAAGUCCCUCCUCUUCUUCUUCCUCCUCGCUGCAGAUCCGAUUCAACCGAUUGGACGAGAGCAGUGGAAGCCCCGCCCCCUCCUCUGUGGCGGCGCUGCAGAUUCCCGUACAGAUCACACACCUGGCUACAGAUUCGUCAGCAGCAGCCAACGAUAGUGAAACCAUCACCGGAGCCAUGCAGACCUUUGAGAUCAUGCCUUCGUUCCACCUGCAGCCCACAGGAACCCCGGGGACUUACUUCCUGCAGACGACGUCCAAUCAGGGCCUGAGUUUAGGCAAUAACAGCACGGUUACCCUGACGACAGGCUCCUCCCCCUCAUCACACGAACACAUCAUCCUGCACAGCCUGUCGACUGACGGCCUCUGUUCUAGCGACGGUGUCAUCAUCCAAACGGUCACAUCUGACUCCGCCUCCUCAGACCCUCUCGGCCAAUCACAGCUGGAGGAAGAGGGGCAGAACCAGGAGGAUCGCCUCGGCAACGAGAGUCUCCUUGAGGGUUCUGUGAGCGUUGUCGCCGAAACUCAGGAGCCAAUCACAGAAGGCUUCACUGACAAGGAGUUAAGUUCACCGUCUGGCAGCACCGUGCUGAUUGUAUCUCCAAACAUCAGCAGCACCGUGCUGAUUGUGUCUCCAAACAUCAGCAGCACCCUGACUGAUCCAAUCCUUGAGAACCAGGACGGCUCCGACUGAACUCCAAACAUGAUCAAAGAACUACAGGAAUUGAAGGAAGCUGAUUCUUCUUCUUCUGUGGUGCUACUGUUGCGCAGGACGACAGGAAG